CUCCCUCUCUCUCUCUCUCAGUGUGUGUGUGUGUGUGUGGAAACAGACGCCCAUGUGAGCAGCAGCAGCAGUAUCAGCAGCAGUCUCGGUGGUCCGGAACAGCAGCGCAGGAGAAUCUGAGCGUCUCCAUUCUCGCGUCCGGCUGCGGCUCCAGCGACGGCAUGUGAGAAGAUGUCGGUGGGAGGCUGCGCGUGUCCCGGCUGUUCCUCCAAGUCGUUCAAGCUGUACUCCCCGAAGGAGCCCCCCAACGGAAGCGCUUUCCCCCCCUUCCACCCCGGCACCAUGCUGGACCGAGACGUGGGCCCGACGCCCAUGUACCCCCCCACAUACCUGGAGCCGGGCAUCGGGAGACACACACCCUAUGGGAAUCAGACGGACUACAGAAUAUUUGAGCUCAACAAGCGGCUUCAGAACUGGACGGAGGAGUGUGAUAAUCUGUGGUGGGACGCGUUCACCACUGAGUUCUUCGAGGAUGACGCUAUGCUCACCAUUACGUUUUGUCUAGAGGACGGUCCAAAACGAUACACGAUCGGGCGGACGCUGAUUCCUCGUUACUUCAGGAGUGUGUUCGAGGGCGGCGCCACUGAGCUCUACUACGUCCUCAAACACCCCAAAGAGUCUUUCCACAACAACUUUGUGUCUCUGGACUGCGAUCAGUGCACGAUGGUCACGCAGAACGGCAAACCCAUGUUCACACAGGUGUGUGUGGAGGGCCGUCUGUACCUGGAGUUCAUGUUUGAUGACAUGAUGAGAAUAAAGACGUGGCACUUCAGCAUCCGGCAGCACAGAGAGCUCAUUCCCCGCAGCAUCCUGGCCAUGCAUGCUCAGGAUCCGCAGAUGCUGGAUCAGCUGUCCAAAAACAUCACCAGAUGCGGCCUGUCAAACUCCACUCUCAACUACCUCCGAUUGUGUGUGAUCCUGGAGCCCAUGCAGGAGCUGAUGUCCAGACACAAGACCUACAGUCUGAGCCCCCGAGACUGUCUGAAGACGUGUCUGUUCCAGAAGUGGCAGCGGAUGGUGGCUCCUCCAGCUGAACCGGCCAGACAGGCACCGAAUAAACGGCGGAAGCGGAAGAUGUCGGGCGGCAGCAACAUGAGCGCGGGCGGCGGCUCCAACAACAACACCAACAACAAGAAGAAGAGUCCCGCUAACAGCUUCCCACUGUCCAGCCAGGUCCCUGAUGUGAUGGUGGUGGGAGAGCCGACGCUGAUGGGGGGCGAGUUUGGAGACGAGGACGAGCGUCUGAUCACGCGUCUGGAGAACACUCAGUUCGACGCAGCCAACGGCAUCGAUGACGAGGACAGCUUUAACAACUCGCCGGCGCUCGGGGCCCACAGUCCCUGGAACAACAAGCCCCCAUCCAGCCAGGAGAAGAACGAAAACCCCACAUCACAGGCCUCUCAAUGAGUCAGAGGCGGAGCCUGAGUGAGCCGUGGCGGCCAAUGAGGAGAGAGGGAGGCGUGGUCUCAUUCAUCUACCUGCAGAACGUCUUCCUGUCAGCUGAGGAAAUGAGCGUCUCUCUCACACACACACACACACACACACACACACACACACACACAUAAACACACACACUGGACAGUUUCUAUCCCAGGUUUGCUUGGUGUUUUAUGAGGACGACACUCCUGUAGAUAGUUCAUAUGUUUAAGUUAAGACGGAAGAUAAAACGCCAACGAGACCUGUUCAGAGUCCUCCAGCUCCUGUUUCACUCCACCGCCACCCUCAACUAACAUUAUUAUUAUUAUUAUUAUUUACAUUUAUUAAGAUGUACCAACAUGGUUUGGAUGCUGAACUGCAAGAUUAUUUCUUCAGAUUUGGUUUAUUUGACUAUAAUUGUUUUACUGCAGUAUUAUUUAUUUUCACAUUUCAGAAUUUUCCAUCUCUCAAUUGUUGUUUUUUCCAGGCGUUUUUGACAGCAUUAUUAUUCAUUUUCAGAUUGAUUCUGAAUUCUGAGUUCCUCCUCAUUGGGAUUCAUUAGCUCUCCAUUAAUAUUUUAAAGCAGGGGUCACCAAUCUUGUUCCUGGAGGGCCGGUGUCCUGCAGAUUUUAGCUCUAACCCUAAUCAAACACACCUGAAGAAGCUAAUUCAGGUCUUACUGGGUAUACAUGAAACACCCAGGCAGGUGUGUUGAGGCAAGUUGGAGCUAAACCCUACAGGGACACGGGCCCUCCAGGACCGAGAUUGGUGACCCCUGUUUUAAAGUAAAUUAGAGCUUUUUAGUCAUUUAGAUUGUUUAAUUAACAGCUGAAAUCUUAAUUUCUGCCCUUUUCUGAAUUUAGGGUUUAUAUUUUACUAAUUUAGAUUAAUCUGAAUAGAUUUCUUCAUCUGUUGUUUUUCUAAGUUAAUUUACGAUUCUUUUUUCCUGCAAUAUUAUUAAUUUUCAGAUUCAUAAUCUGAUCAGAAUGCAGAAAAUGUCAAUAUCUCUGAAUUAUUCUGAUUUUUACAGCAUUAUUAUUUAUUUUCAGAUUGUCUCCCAAUUCUAAAUUUCUCAAAGGUCUGAUUAUUUAAUUCUCCUUAAAUGAUUUAAAUGUUUUUUACACAAUUUAUUUUAAAUUAAUAGCUGAAAUCAAAGUGAAAUGAAAAUAAUUCUGACCUUUUCUAAAUUGAGUUUAUAUCUCACUAUUUAGAUAUUCUCUGAGUGUAAAUGUUCUGAAUAUAAACUCCAAAUAUAAAAAUCUAGAUUCAGAGUUUACUGAAUUGAGUUCAUAUCACUCUUAUUAUUUUGUUACCGCAGUAUUAUUUAUUUUCAGAUCAUCGAGUCUCCUGAAUUUUCUGCAUUUCUAUCACAAUACUGAAUUUC